CUUGGCCAAACAGGCUCUUAAAUCUUACUUAUUGUGCUUCUUCACAACUAAUUUUUCUGCUUCCACACAUCACGAUUUCUCUCCGUUUUUUUCUUUCAUCAUCUAUGGCGCAACAAGAGAAGAAAUCAUCUCCAGGAAUUCCUUGGAGGACACGAAUUGCACUAUCCUUCGUCUCUACAAUUACCGACUAUUCUCGCCGUCAAAACGGCACCGUUAACCGCCGGCUACUCGGGAUCUUCGGCCUUAAAACUUCCGCCAAUCCAAAUCCAGUUAACGGCGUUAAGUCAUACGACGUCACCGUAGAUUCUUCUCGCGAUCUCUGGUUUCGCCUCUUCAUUCCAACUACCGAUGAAUCUCGGAAUUUGAGUUCACUUCCGAUCAUCGUCUUCUUUCACGGUGGCGGAUUUGUGUAUCUCAGCCCGGAUACGACGGCGUACGACGCCGUAUGCCGACGUUUCGCGAGGAAAACCCCGGCUGUUGUUGUCUCUGUUAAUUAUCGGCUAGCUCCGGAACACAAGUAUCCUGCGCAGUAUGAUGAUGGAUUUGAUGUGCUGAAGUUCCUUGACAAUGAGAAGAACCGUGAGCUAUUGCCGGAAAAUGUCGAUUUAUCUCGCUGCUUCCUUGCCGGAGAUAGUGCCGGCGGGAACCUCGCUCAUCACGUGGCUAAGCGAGCAUCUGAAAUGACGUCGACCUUUGAUGCACUGAAGGUAAUUGGACUGGUGGCUAUACAACCCUUUUUUGGAGGGGAGGAACGAACGGAAUCAGAAUUAAAACUAGUAGAAGUUGACGCAUUGAUAUCAGUGAGAAGAACAGAUUGGAUGUGGAACGCGUUCCUGCCACCAGGUGAAGGGAUGGAUCGCGAUCAUGAGGUUAUUAAUGUUUGCGGUCCAAGGGCUGUUGACAUAUCAAAGCUGGACAAUUUUCCAGCAACGAUGGUAGUCGUGGGUGGUUUUGAUCCUCUUAAAGAUUGGCAAAGGAGGUACUAUGAGUGGCUUAAGGUGUCUGGCAAAGAUGUUCACCUCUCAGAGUAUCCAACUAUGGUGCAUGCUUUCUACAUUUUCCCUGAGGUUCCUGAAGCUACACAACUUAUUCUUGAGGUUAAGGACUUUGUUCAUAACCAAUGCUCUAAGGUUGUGAAGAAUUGAUGUGCCAUGAUUGAUCACUAACCAAGAUGUGUAGUAUUAUUAGGGUUCUCAUGGAGCUUAAACAAGUAAAAGAGGCAUGUAUUCAUGAGGAUCCAUGUGUAUGUUUUGUUGUAAUAAACAAAUUGUUGCUACUUUUUAUAUUUAUGCUAGUCUAAUUGUU